GUCAGCUCCUACGUGCUUGCCGGACACUGUGCUACCCCCCUGGCAGACAUAUUCCCACAACGGACUUACCUUAACUACAUUAACUACAAGAAUGAUGAAAACGGCCGUGACAAUCUUGAUACUGGGACUUGCCAUCCACACAGUUCAUUGUCAAAUGAUGCAAGCAAUGCAACAGCUGAUGGACAAUCCAUUAUUUGUGAUGAGCAUGCUCAACCAGAACAACAAUCGGGGUCAAAGUUCAUCGAAUUCCGGAAGAAGAAGUUCAACUUCCAACUCAAGCAGUGGAAACAGUGGAAACAGUGUAAAUCCUAUGGCUAAUAUGAUGAUGCAGGCUGCAAUGUUUGACAUGAUGGAGUCCGGUGGGGGGAGUGCAGGGGGUAUGGGCGGUUUCAACCCUAUGAUGUCCAUGAUGAUGCCAGGGAUGGCGGGUAUGGGCGGACUUGCUAGUAUGAUGGGCGGAAUGGGUGGUAUGGCUAAUAUGAUGGGAGGUAUGGGCGGUAUGGGUGGUAUGGGCGGUAUGUCUGCUUAGCAACAUAAAUUGACUUUAAAAUAUAAACAGACGUAGCUAGAUAUAAGGAUGGAUGUUUCUGCCAAUAUAUUUGGACUACAUCGGAACGAUCGGUCAUUUCCGGUUAAUACCACAAACUGAAAGUACGUGUUAAUGACGAUAUACACCGUGGAGACGUGAAAGGCGGUGCUUAUGGUCACAUGCGCUCUCUGGUUUAAUAGAUGUAAAAAUGAAACAUUAAACAAAUAUUUAUAGAAA